AAGGUCGUCUCUCGUUUUAUUUAUUUAUUUUUGAGACAGAGAACGACCAAAAAAACAAAGCUUCGAUCUUUCGUUCCCGGAAAUUUAUCGAAGCAGUCACCCAAUUCGCGACACCGUCCUUAUCGAUCUCCUUCUCCCUCUGGCAAAUUUCACUCGCCGGCCAAUUGUAUAGUAUCUGGUUCAGACCCUCCUUGAUUGGCGAUUGCUGUCAUCAACGACGAAUAUGGAUGAUUUUGGUGUAUUAACUGAGAGGUUUGGACUGAAGCCGCAAGGGAAAUCGGCUCCAAUGGCGGCUUCGAAGAGACCUGUCAAUACUAAUGAUGGCCAGAGUUGGAAUUUGGGGUUUGAUUUGGAUGUAAACCCCAACUUAUCAUCUUUUUCUGACGAUCGGAACGGAUUUCAUCAAUCCGGCAAAGAUACGAAAACUCAGAACAGCGGACGCUUGAAUGAUUAUGAUGAUAUAUUUGGCGGACCCAUUAAGCAAUCGGCUAGUCAUGGCGGUAGUUCAUCUUUUGAUAUCGGUUCAUUUUUAUCGGGCUCGAAUGUGAAUUCUUCGUCUUUUCAUACCUAUGAUAAUGAUGAUAUUUUUGGUAUACCCGGGUUGAAUAGCUCCACUUCUGCUAGCAAUGCCAUGCAGAGCGAUGAUAUUUUUGGGUCUUUUGCUUCGCCUCCGAAUCCGAAUGCUCCAAUUGAUGACUUGCUAGCUGAUUUUGUUGGAGCAGACUCAAAACCUAAAUUCUCCAACAGAAACGCGUCGGGGAAUGCAGUGAACCAAGCAUCUGGUUUUGAUGAUUUAAUACCUGGUUUUGGUCCAAGCGUUCCUUCUAAUAAUGGAAGAAAUACAAACUCACAGCGCCCACGUCAAUCAACUUUCACAUCAUCAGAAGAUCCUUUUGUUGUGCUAGAAUCAACUACAAACUCAACUUCAAAAAAUGCCUACGCUUCAGCUAAUUUGCUGGACCCACUGGAAGGGAUCAGUAAGCCCAACAAUCCAGUUAAGAGCUCAAGCGUGUCUUCCAUAGAUGAGCUGGGGGACUUUGCCAUGUUCAAGAUGCAAAGCAAUGUAAAUGGACGUCCAAUUCCUCAUUCUAAUGGGGAAUGGUUAGGAACCACUGCCAACAGGGCCAGUAGUCAUAGUGGAGAUGAUCUAGAAUCCAUUUUUGUAAAUGGCCAUCGGUCAAGCAGUGUACCAAGGUCAAGGACUACUACGUUGGAUCCUAUAUUUGAUUCUCAAAUAAAAAACAGAGGAGUGCCUGAACCUGGAGUGCCUCGAGGAACGACUUCUAGGACCUCAUCCUUUAUGAAGAAGUCUUCUUCCACAAAUGGAAUUUUUGACGACCUUUCUUCCAUGUUUGGAGAGGUCCAAAUUUUGGAAGAAUUUCAAGAAGUUGAUGGGGAAAGUGAAGAAAGAAGAAACGCUAGAAUUGAACGGCUUCGAAGAACCCAUGACCGUAUGACAAAAGCAUUGGCUGAUAUGAACCAGCGUGACUUCCAAUCUCAGCAAGAACAGGAAGAGAGGCGUAGAAUUGCUGAGACUUUGGAUGUUAAAAUAAAACGUUGGGCUGCAGGGAAAGAGGGUAACUUGCGUGCAUUGCUGUCGUCGUUGCAAUAUGUACUUUGGCCUGAACGUGGUUGGGAGCCAGUUUCAUUAACAGAUAUAAUUACUUCUUCCUCGGUUAGAAAGGUCUAUAGGAAAGCCACACUGUAUGUCCAUCCUGACAAGGUUCAACAAAAAGGAGCCACUCUGGAACAAAAGUACACUGCGGAGAAAAUUUUUGAUGUCCUCAAGGAAGCUUGGAACAAAUUCAACAAGGAAGAACUUUCAAAACGCUGAAAUUACAUAUGUGUGUUUUUGUCUUGUUUGCUACUUGCUAAAAGGCGUUAUUUGAUGAAGAUUGGGACGUCAACUGCCACUUCAGUAAAAUAUAUAUACUUUAUAUACGAUAAUAAUGUAAAUUGAAUUCUCAUACAACUCAUGAUCGGCACCUUCCCCAUUGAUUCUCUUUGAUUUUGUUUUCAAUUUUCAUUUUGGUAUACUCUACGAAUAAGUUUUACUUUGUGAUUUUUGUGUGUGAAUCAUUUGGAGAUAUUAUCCCUCCAAAUUUUAGUUUAAUAUUUAAUUAGGACUGCUGGAGGAUAA